AUGAAAGCGGGCGAGAGGAUGCAUCUGUUGGACACCAAGCUUGCAGUUGGGACUUACACAACUCUGUGGCAGGAUGGGACCAGCGGCAUCCCUCCGUCUUCACCUGGCCUGGCCUUGCAGCCCACUGAGCUGGCUCCCCAGAGCAGCCAUUACUGCCAUUCCCAGAAGGGUCCUGGCAGUCACGGUGACCCCAAGAAGAGGGCCUGGCGCCAGCUCUGUGUGGCUUCUGCCUUCUGCCUGUUGUUCAUGAUUGGGGAAGUCAUCGGUGGGUACCUGGCACACAGCUUGGCGAUCAUGACAGACGCAGCCCACCUGCUCACUGACUUUGCCAGCAUGCUUAUCAGCCUCUUCUCCCUGUGGAUGUCUUCCCGGCCAGCCACCAAGACCAUGAACUUCGGUUGGCAUCGAGCUGAGAUCCUGGGUGCCCUGCUCUCUGUGCUGUCCAUCUGGGUCGUGACGGGGGUGCUGGUGUACUUGGCGGCGGAAAGGCUGAUUUCUGGAGACUAUGAGAUCAAGGAGGAGACCAUGCUGAUCACGUCGGGCUGUGCUGUGGUCGUGAACAUCAUAAUGGGGUUGAUUCUUCACCAGUCUGGCCAUGGACACAGCCACAACCCCGAGCACGGCCACAACGCCAGCCAGGAGCAGGGAAGCCCCAGUGUCCGAGCUGCCUUUAUCCACGUCAUUGGAGACUUUCUGCAGAGCUUGGGCGUUUUGGUGGCAGCCUUUAUUUUAUACUUCAAGCCUGAGUACAAGUUUAUAGACCCCAUCUGCACCUUCCUGUUCUCCAUCCUCGUCCUGGGGACAACCUUGACCAUCCUGAGAGACGUGAUCCUGGUGCUGAUGGAAGGGACCCCCAAGGGCGUGGACUUCACAGCCGUGCGGAAUCUGCUGCUGUCCGUGGAGGGCGUGGAAGCCUUGCACAGCCUGCACAUCUGGGCGCUGACCGUGGCCCAGCCUAUCCUGUCUGUCCACAUCGCCAUUGCUGAGAAUGCAGAUGCCCAGGCUGUGCUGAAGGCAGCCAGUGACCGCCUGCAGGGGAUGUUCCACUUCCACACCACGACCAUCCAGAUCGAGGACUACUCUGAGGACAUGAAGGACUGUCAGUCAUGCCGGGGCCCCUCGGACUGACCACUCGACCAGGCAUCAGCAGGGCGGGGACAGGCCUGCCAAUGGCUGGAUUGAGUGUCCCCCGCCGACCCCCAGGCUCAGCCAGGUCUUUGCCUGCCCUGGCUGGGUUAUGAACCAGGUCCUCCUCCUGACCGCUGCUCCAUGUUCAGUGACGAGGGGCCUUGUCCAGAAACGGGCUCCUCCCUUGCCUCCCUCAUCUGACUACUGCCAGCCCCAGGAGGGGAACCCGGCAGGUAUGGAGCUGGUGUCACCGUGCUCCUCCAGCUCCCGGCGGGGCAGAGUUCAGGCCUAGUCCUCAGCUAAUGCCACCCAACUACCAGCCUCUGGAAAGGCAGUGAGGCACGGAGAGAGGUGACAGAGGGGAGACCGGCCUCGUUGUCUCCUCACCUGCCUGCCUAACUCCCCAUUUUUGGUCUGUCUGGCCUCUGCCUUAUGCAUCUGCGAAGCAGCUCUGCGAACCGAGCCCCCUUCCUAUGCCUCCGACAAUACGCUUCAAGGAGGCCAUAGGCCACAGAAAUCAGGAUCCAGGGGGCACCUGAGGCUGAUCUGUGCCUGAAUCAUUUCAGUUUGAUUUCAUUUCACGUUUCCUUUUCCUGGAGGGAGGGGGCUUCUGACUAGGUAAGGACCUGCUGGGUUCCUCUUUCCUUAUCCCACCCUCACCCAAGAAGCUGUGCCAAUGCAAAGGUGCCCUGGCAUGAGAGGUGGAGGUGGGUGGAGCCCCAGAGCUCCCCGGCCACCCCUCUUGCUCUGAUCGUGUCCUGGGGUCAAGGAGCCUGACAUCAGAUAUGGUUGGGCCGGCUCUGUUGCCAGCAUGUCCUGGCCUGCUCAGAACUUGGGGAUGGACGACAAA